UUUUAAAUGAAUUACAGGGAUUUAUCGAUGAAUCGUACUCUUGUGACGGAAGAUGAUCUCAAAGUGUUCAGUCAAGUUCGAGUAAUAUCGGAAUAUCUUGCUGUAUUUUCAACUCACAGUGGCAUCACAUCUCUCAAGUUUUUUCGCAACUUGGAAACAAUACGAGGAACAAUCCUGUAUCAAGGCACUUCUGCUCUACUUGUUCAGGCCAAUCCAGGGCUAAGGAACUUAGGAUUUUCAUCGCUUCAUAAAAUUGAAAAUGGGGACAUAAGAUUCAUUCUUAAUUCAAAACUGUGUGUUAGUGUGGACACAGAUGGGCUUAGGGAAGCGGAAGUCAUCAAGAGUUCUGUUGCUGUUGUGAAUGUUCUAAAUAAUCUCAGCUGUAGUACGUGUAUUGUGAUUCAUGCUAUCAUGUGA